AAGGCGCCGAGGAGACGUCCAAGACGGCCCGAGAGGGCCCUGAACGCCGUAGCCAUUUUGGCUCAAGGUUGACACCAACGCCUCACGUCCACCGACAGCAUUCGAUGUCGAACCCCAUAUUGCAUUCUUGAGUUUUAGUAGCCAUGUCGGCCGCGCGUUGCUGCUUGCCGUUCGCCUUGGCAGGCAGUUAUUCUUUUGAUUUUAUUAUUUUGGGCACAGUUGCCCUACCAGUUUCGACAUCUCGACAGAUCACCGCUGCCCUCAUGGACAUAAAAGGCAGGGCGGGCAUCUCCGGAGGCCCAGAGAACAGGAGCUUCAUUGUGGGCGAUGGUUCUAAGGUGCACGUGAGCGUCGAGGUGCUGGAGAAAAUGCCUAAUGACACCACCGCGAUCGAGGAGCCGGCCCGCAUAGGAACCGCGGAUCUGUGCACUCAGCUCGGGGUGUCCUGGUUGGCGCUGGUGUUCGGCGGCGGCGUCUUCGUCAUCUUGCCCAGAUACCAGACUCUGGCGCAGCUGCUCCUGUUCUUCGGGGCCCAGAACUUCAUGAACUUGUUGUACAUCAAGGCGAUCCUGUCCAUCCACACGGUCUCCCAGGAGCUCAACAUACGGGGUAUCCAGCCGUCCGUAGUGCUGAUGGCCAUGCAGCAGCUCGUGGGCUUCCUCUUCCUCGCGCUCGCGAUCCUCGUGUCCCAGCUGACGCCGUGGGCCUACAGGCCGCAUACCAUCGUCAGCAAGGACCAGGCCUUCGCGGUGAUGGCCCUCGCAGUGUGCUUCACCAUGAACAUCGCCCUCAACAACUUCAGCCUCUCGCUCCUGGACAUGUCCUUUAACGUUAUGGUCCGCUCCACGAGCCCGCUGAUGGCUCUCCUCCUGCAGCUGUGCUUUCCUGCGAAGGUGGGCAUGGUGCUACUCGGCGUCAUUUGCGCGGCGCUGGUGGUCAUCUCCAAGAGCGCCCGGAAGAAGAUGGCGGCUCAGAUCGAGGGCGGCGGCAGCGACACACUGGGUCUCUGCCUGUACAUCGGCUCGCUCCCGUUCUUGUCCCUGGAGCUCAUCGUAGUGGUGAUUCUUGGCAAGGGGUUCAAGCUGAACUCUAUCGACACGCUCAUUUACAUGGCCAUUCCAAUCGUCGUGUUGCUGUUGUUGCCCAUCUACUUGAUCAAGCACCCCGUGUCUUAUCCUGGGCGCGAGAUGGUCACGAAUUUCAGCGUGCUGGUGGAGAUCGCCCAGCUGAGCCCCGGCACCGUGGUGCUGGUGAUGCUGUCCGGCAUCUGGGCCCUCGGCUACAACUUCCUGCUGUACAACAUUGUCAGGGACCUCUCCCCGUUCUUCGUGCGUUUGCCGCAAACUUCAGAAGGUGGCGGCCAUCGCCCUGGCCCUGCUCAUGGGCAUGGAGUCUCGCUGCAGGAGGAGUGCACUGCUCAUGGCCAUGCUAAGAUGCGUUUGGACCCUAUGUGUUUUUGCAUUUUUCCCGCCCAGGGGUGUUAGGAACCCAUAUGUUUUCGCGCUUGUCCCGCCCUUGGGCGUUAGGAACCAAUGUGUUUUCACGUUUCUCCCGCCCCGGAGCGUUAGGAACCCACGCCCGCCAUGGGGCGUUAGGAACCAAUUCGUUUUCACGCUUGCCCCGCCCAUGGGCGUUAGGAACCUAUUCUUUUUCACGCGUGUUCCGCCCCAGGUCGUUAGGCACCCAUGUGUUUCACACUUCUCCCGCC